AUGUCAGGGCGCAGCCGUAAGAAACCCGAGGAUGACUCCAGUGAGGAGGACGUCGAUCAGUCUCCUGAAUUCUCUGAUAGUGCUUCUGGGAAGUUCCGUGGUCGCGUUCAGGCGUACGCAAGCCCAGCCGAUUUCCCGCAAGAGCCUCUGUACAAAGUCCGUCAGAUUGUAUACCUUGCAGUGCCAGGCCAGUCUCAGCCAGCCGGCCCGUACGUGGUCGUGUCGGCUUAG